AUGUGGGGAAGUUCAACUACUUGGGCGCAAUUGCAGAGUAGCAUCAACCAGCUUGCAACGCUUAAUCAAGUCCCCGAGCCGCCGAAAGAGAACACUCUCUUGUUAGGACAGUCGACUCAUCGAUUAAAGAUCAUGCGCGAGAAUGAGAUUGCUAGCAACCUGGCAUUCCUAUCUGCAACCUCAGACGAUAGCCUGAAAGUAAUGGCUGUGUGUGUUGAAGAACAUGUCAGCGGAACGGGAGUCACGAUUCGGAUUGCAUCAAAUUCUGGAGACCUUCUAGAAGUCACAAGCGGAUUCAAGAUUCUUGCUAACUCCUUAGAGCAGGCUGCGCGGCGAGAGAAUUUAAAAGACGCAGAUAGAGAUGCCCUCUUUCAGAAGGUAAUUUCUUUAGAUCGCAAUCGAAUCUUGUCUCGAUUACGGUCACGCCAUGCUAGGACUCGCAGGACCAUUGGAAAACAACCCCUUAUUACUCAGCUGAAUGAAGCUCUCCACGAUAAGAGUACGAAAGCUCGCCCGGGAUUUAAGAAAGGUAGCCUCGAGGCCAUGAGAGCUAAGGCACAAGCUCUAAAGGUCUUGUUCGUCAGACUUGAGCAUAUAUCAGAUCUGACUUUGGAAAGAGUCAAUGCUGAAGACAUUAUUCGCGGCAUAGUGAAAGGAGCGCACGAAAUUAGCAAAGAAGCGAGUCUUAGUACAGCUCUCCAAACAUUCUCGGGAGAUCCAAGCUUGAAACAUCACCUGCCAGAAGCAGUUGGCAAGCUUGGUCGAUACUACUCUGCAUCAUUGGAGCUCGUCUGUGCUGCCAGGGAUAGGACAUGCCGGGUUUUCGAAAACAUCCAAGUAAAGCCAGUUGAGGUUCUGGUGCCCGCCACCAGCCAGAAAGUAGCAGAGUAUAAGGUUCACGCUGAAAUACAGCUCCUCUUCUUCUACGAGCUUCAUCCAUACAUCCCGCGACCAAGAGUCAUCUGCUCGAGUAAGAGUGCUUGCUACCUGUGCAAUCUCCUCUUCGAACUCCACCGUGGCUUCAAUAUACCUCGCACUCACGGCAAGUUGUACACUAAAUGGAUCUUGCCCCAUUGGCUAGAUGUCCCCACCGAGCGUCGCGGAGAUCUUGGAUUGAUUGCAACCCAGCUGAAGGCAGCACUAGACAGCAAGAUUCAAUCUACCCUAAGAUCUAAGAAAAGUAUAUGCUACCAUCCAAAUGAAAGCAUCUUGUCACCACACGCACAUUGGCCAUCAUCAUCUGCCCUUUCUAGAAAUUUGUCGCCACAGCCGUCAGCCUCAACGUCUACACUUCGGCCGAGCUCCAUGCCCAUUCGGGAGGCCAUAACAAAUCGCGAAAUAUCCUGCACAGACUUACCUUUCACUCCACCGACAACCACCCCGGAGCGAUCUCCCAGUAGUACUUUAGAAACGACAGGAGCUAUAGAAGCCAUUAAGCUUGAGGACAAGGCGGGGGGAGUAGCAGUUCGGGAUAAUGUGUCACUUGUAAGUGUCGGGAACCACGAACUUCCUUACAGCCAAUCGAUUACGAUAUCGACGCCUUUACUACACUUGCAACUUAGCAAGUUAUCCCUUGCAAUAGAGUUGGUGCAGGUGACCACUGGUCACUUAUCGAUCACACGUGUGAAAGAUGACUCGACGAACAGAGACAAGAACCGUCGCAGUAUCAAAGUAGCAGAUAUCCCAACGAUAACAACGUUAAGAUUAAACUGCCCACCCAACUCAAAUAAGCUUUCAUUCCAGCUACAAUGCUCUCCAACAGAAGAGUUUCGUAUUGUGUUUAUAUGGGGAGCAGACCAAGGGAUCUGUAGUCAAGAGACU